CACGAUUGGUGUCAUUUUCUACUUUUCUAUUUCAUGCAGAGACUACUUUCGACUACCAUUGUUCUAAGUGAUUACAGAUUCAUUACUCGAUCUCAUAUCCUGCUUUUAUAACAAGGAAGUACCUGUGCUCCUGUCUCCCAAGGAAUAACAGUGGCCACAAGUCCCAUUUUCUAAAAGAUCUCAACCACACACUCGGGAGGAUCAAAAUGAACUGCUUUACGUGUUCCAAAUAUUUCUUAGUCUUUUUCAAUUUCAUUUUUUGGUUAUCAGGCGGUUUGCUUCUUGCCCUGGGAAUAUGGCUGAAAGUAGACCCAAGCAUUCUAGAGAAGGUCUCGUUUAUAGAAAUCACAGGCGCGGACCAGUUCUACCUCAGUACUGCCGCCAUUAUCAUGAUAACUGUGGGGGCUAUAGUCACUGUUGUCGGUUUCUUCGGGUGCUGUGGAGCUAUUCGUGAGAGCAAAUGCUUGCUGGGAAUGUACAUCAGCUUUUUAGUGUUGAUCAUCCUGAUAGAGAUAGCUGUGGGAGUUUUGGGCGUGUUGAUGCUGUUCGUCUACAAGGCUGAGACUGAGGAUAUCCUCAGAGGCGGAAUGUUGACAGCCAUGGACAGUUAUGGCAAAGACGAUGAGGCGGUGACAAAGGGAUGGGAUUUUAUCCAACAAGAGUUCGUAUGCUGUGGUACCAACGGACCAAUAGACUGGGAAAAUAAGACCAGCAUACUGAAUUUAACAGUACCGGGCGUUCCCUAUUCCUGCUGCGUCCAUGGUGAGACGUUUGACAAAGACAAUCAGCGAUAUGUUGCAAAUAACUACACGGUGUGUCAGAAGGAAGCUGGCGAAAUAUUCAAAUUUAAUAAAACAGAUGUCAAAUACGUAUACAAAAAUGGUUGUUAUGCUUCCAUUCAGACCUUUCUAACGGAGAGUAGCAUCACCAUAGCGGCUGUUGGACUUGGUAUUGCUUUAUUAGAGAUCUUCGGAUUGGUGCUAGCGUGCUGCGUGUGUUGCCAGAUCAACAAAGGAACAUAUUCAUACAACAAUUAUGAUUAAUGACUCUAUCAUCCUUGACUCUAAUCAAUCAUAAGCAUCUCUGAACAAGUUAUAACAAUCAUGUAGUUGUCAAAGUGACACAUAGCAUAGCGUUCUUCAUUGGUCCAAUGUCAUAGUCAUUUGGUUUGAAAGUGUCCAAGGGUCCGCGAAACACAGGAUUCUAGAAACUAUUUACGGUCAUCACCUCCGUAGACCCAUAUACCAUAAUCUGUCAGAAUACAAUGGGGCCAGAUAUUUUUCCAGGGGAUAUUUUCUCCUUCCUAACCGGUAUAGAUUAUGACUGCGAUUUAAGCGCUGAUAAAGGUGACAUUCAUGCCUAUGACAUGUAUAUAGGUUGGCAUGUAUAUAUGAGCUAUUAGAUUGUGCAUUGGUAUAUUAUUCUCUGACGGAAGAGCAAGUGUGGGGACACUGUGAAGGCAGAGACAACUGGUUUGUAUAUCCGUGUAUUAUUCACUUGUACAUACUGUUUUGAAUGCGAAUAAAUAUUUUUUGGUUA